UACCCGAGCAGGGAGCAAUAAGCAACAUCCAAGAGUGACUGGCCCUUUGUUGCGUGCAGCCAUGGUGCUGCAACCUCCAAUCUGGGCCGACUUGCGCCCUGGUGUGGAUCCCCUGCUGGGUGGGCCACAGCUGCUGGCACCAGGGCCCUGCUUCUCACGGCCCAUCUCUCCAGGCAUGCCACCACGCAUUACGCCGGUUGGCCCUUUGUGGACACCGGUCUCCGGUCCGAUGCCCCCAGUGCAGCUCCCUUGGCCUGGACCAGGGUCUGGCUCUGGUGAGCCACAGUUGCAGAUCUUGCCUCCGAUGCCACGAGUUGGCAAGGAGUCAUUGGCUUUGGGCACAUUCCAUCCAUCGACGCUAUCGCCGCGAAAGUUCAAUUUGCCAGAGGAUUUGCUCUCUCGUAUUGAAGGUGUGGUCACGAACAUGGAAAAGAAUGUCGCUGAAGAGCAGAGGCUACGCAUCUCCGAGGCCGUUUGCAGCUCCUGCGGGGCAGCCCUGACCGGCGAUGCACGGUUCUGUGAUCGUUGUGGCCGGCAGCAGGUGGACCAUGCUCCAGAGGACGAUUUGGUCCAAAACCUCGCCCAGCGACUGGAAAGUUUGGAAUCCCGGCGUCAGGUCGCAGAGCAGCGCGCUACCCAGUUGGAAGAGUUGCGGCGACUGGUGGCCGAAGGACGGCACAAGCAGUACUUGACGCAUUUCAUCACCCUUGAUGAUCAUGGUUUUGACCUUCAAAAGCGCGAGAAUGGUAGCGCAGCAAGCACGCAAUCGACAGGCAGCCGUGAAGUCAAAAGCGCUGAGGACUCUCAGCUUCACGCUGCCUUGGCCCAAGUGGAAGACGCUUUCACCGAGGAGCUCAACGUCUUGGGUGUAGCAGGUGCAGAGAGUCGCCUUCACGAGCGCCUCGAAAGACUACUGAAGGCGGUGCUGCACCGGGAGUCAGUGGCAGAGGCACGCCUGAAAGAGCAGCGAGAGCUCACCCAUGCUGCCGAGAGAGAGUUGCAGGUGCUGGAGGAGACCUCCCAGAAAGUACUUGAAGAUUGUCGACUGCUGCAGGCCCGAGUUCGAGAGUUGGAGCACCAUGAGACGAACAGUCAUCACCACCGUCAGCAUGCUACCGAGCUUGAAGAGCGUGUGAAGGAGCAUAGCCGUUUGCUAGAGCUCGCGCACACGAGAGAGGCGGCAUUUAGAGAGGACAUCCAGAAAGUGGAGGCCUUGGAGCAAGAAAAUGAGGAGCUGCGUGAGCUGCACAUCCGACAGCAGCAGAGAGCGCAAGAGCAGCUGGAUGAGCUGCAGGAGGAAUUGGCUCGCGCAAAGGAGCAGCUUGAAGAUCAUAUGCAGCAGCAUGGUGACCUGCGAGGUCAUAACUCACACCUGGAGUCACAAUGGCAGAGUGCCGAGCAGCGUGCGAUGCAUCAUGCGACCCGCGCGGAGGAGCUGGCAGAACAGAUGCGACUAAUGGACGAGGGAAGGCACCAACACAGAGAGACUUUGGAGCAAGAAGUGGUGCAACAGCGCCAAAAGAUCCAAGGCCUCGAGGGUGCUUUGGUCCAGCUCGGUCAAGACGCCCAGAAGGCGGAAGACUUAGCCCAAGAGCAGAUCGAGGUGUUGCAGGAGCGGUUAAGACACAUGGAGGCCUUGGAAAACCGGCCGGACGUGGCGCGCAUCGAGGAGAGGAACAUGGAGUUGAUGCGAGAAGUUGACAAGUUGCGCUCGCAACUGAAGGCCUACGAGAAGGCGCAGGCACAGCCACCCAGCCCUCCCAUUGAACCUCUUCGACGCUCUUCUAUUGCCUCCAAUGACAGCGAUUUUCGGUCCAAAGUCAGCUCUGUGAAACGUCGGGCCUCGGAACUUCUUCGCCAAGCAGCUGCACCAAACUCGCAGCUCUUGGAUGUUCAGAUCCGUGCUGGGGCCCAAAGUUGGCAAGAAGGUGGCAGUUUCUCUGCUGGCUUGCAUUCCAAUGCAGAUGAGGCAAGCAUACGUGCCGAGUGGCACCAGCUCUCAGUGCUGGUAGAUGCAGCUGCUUGUGACCUGGCAGCAUUGAAGGAAGAAGCCAGCACCCAUCAUGAGCUGCCACCUCAAGUGCUUGAGGAGGUUAUGCAAGAGAUCGAGCUGGCCUGGGCGAACUGCAAAGAUGAAACAGGGAUGCUGCAAAGCAGUAGCGCCCUGGAUGGCAUGUCGGAGGCGCAGCUGCAAAGCUUAGCUGCUGAUCUAGGUUACCUCGAUGGCAGCCAUCAAAAUGCCUGGAAGGAGGAGACCCCAAUGCAUUGGGCAGCUGCGCAUGGCCGGAGGGAUCUUGCAGAGUUUCUUUUGAGGCAGGAUCAAGGGGAAGCCCUUCUGCGAAGAGUGGACCAUGAAGGCCGCAUCCCUGCAGAAGUGGCUGAAAGGCAUCACCAGGUCAGCAUGGCGCAGUUUCUGCGUGGUCACAUGCAGAGAAAGCCUCCAAAGAAGGUGACUUUGGAAGACAGUCUUCCUCCAGCCUACCAGCAAGUCUUGAAACAGGUGGUGCAAGAAGGCUGGGGAUCAGUGCAUUGGAAAGAUGGUUUCACUAUGCUUCACUGGGCGGCUUCCAAAGGGGAGGUGGAAUUAGCUCGAUACCUGCUACAGCUCCGGGCCGAUCCAGAAGCUCGUGAUGACACGCACCACCGGACGCCUUUGGACUGGGCCGAGCAUGAGGGCCACUCCCAGGCAGCAGAGAUGCUUCGGAGACAGAGCAGAAGCCGACUUUCGGGGCGAUUGUCUUCCUCCGGAGGGGCUUUCCGGCAGGCCAGAAGCUCCUUGCCUGCACCUGCAUCGCCCAGCUAUGAAGCUGCCAACCGGCGAAAAUCUGAAGCAAUAAUGCGUCGACGCAGUUCCAGGAGAAAGUCAACCAUCCCAGAGGGCUACUUGCCUGUCUUGGAGGAGAUUGACCAGCGAGGAUGGAACAACAUGCAGUGGACUCGAGGAUUUACACUUCUGCAUUGGGCAGCUCAAAAUGACAAACCUGAUUUGGUGGAGCAGCUGUUCGCAAAGGCAGCCGAUCCCAUGCAGCAAGAUGACGACGGCAGGACAGCCUUGGACUUUGCCCGAGAGUCUGGUAGUCCGGCUGUGGUCGAAGCUUUGCAGCGCUAUGCGCCGCCUCAGGCCAGGCAACAACGAGAGGCGGUCAGAUGUGGAUGAGGGAGUCAUCGCCAGUCGUAGCGAAGCAUCCUUGGGUUUCUCGAUGUAUGGAUUUGUACCUAUCAGAAUUUCUUUUAUAGAUUAGAUUCGGAAUACAAAGCCAAGCCUGUGGGUUGUGCCCAUAUCAUGCAUUUUUCUGGACUAAAUAUGUGUCAACAUGUAGUGAAGCAGCAACGAAGAUCAAUAAAGUCAGUGCACAAAUAAUGCGCAAACCAAGUCGACUCGUUCUUGGAAAGUCGUUUGUGUUUUUUGGGAUGUGACUCCUAAGGACCCAAGAUUUGGUGCCGGAAGCAAUUUGGAAAUCAAAAGUUGGCAAUCCACUUGUUGGCGCUUGCAACAGGGGCAGGGGCAUCCUGAGUUAGCUCGGACCUUUCCACAUUGAAGGACAACCAGCGGCAGAUGACGGACCUUAUGCUGAGUGCUCGCAGGUCACAGAACCGGGUCUCCAUUGCGGGUGCCGAUGAUAUGGACGGGUGAUACGUCGCACAACUUUCUAUGACGGAGCUGUGACAACAUGUGACAAUCGGAGGCAGCAACAUUUAGCUCGCAAGAAUCCUUUGC